GCCAACAAAAUACUCCUUACGAUGACUUGUGAAGAGCCGGUCCCGGAGUUAGGGAAAAAUGUGGAUACUGAGGAAUUGCUGUUCCAAUUUAAAAUUGAAAUGCCCAAAGAACAAACAGAUGCUGAGAAGGCGCUCAAAAGGGAGUUGGCUUCUCUGGGAAAAAUGGUUUAGUAUUUGGUCCUCUCAUGAAUCUUUGUCAUCCAGAGGCGUUUAUUAACGGAAAUCAGUUUAAUGCGCAGGGAGGAGAAACCGCGCGGUAGAUUUAAUCUCUUUUGUCCCUUUCAUACAUCUUGUGGUGCGCAGCUAUUUCCAAAACCGGUGAACAGGCUAAAGAGGAGGCGAUGGAAUUGCUACGCUCGGGUGCGAUACAAAUUUCCGAUAAGAAAGAUCGCCAUACGUUCAAACGCAAAUCUAAAGAUGCUGACGAUGAGGAUACCCUGGCACGAACCCCUAUUAAAGUCGUUUCUACACUGGAGAAGACCCCGACGUAUUCCAACUUCCUUAAGGGACCCAAAAUAUUACCGCAUUAUUCUCAUCCGCGCGAAUCCGAUAGUGGGGGCGGUGAUGCACGAUCUCUUUCCUCACCGGAAUUACAGUCAACCCCAACGACUGGUCAUUCAUCCUUAGAAGUUGCCGCUUCAAAGCGGAAACAACAGCUGCUUUCUUUGUGUGAGGAAGACGUAGAAGAGGAGCAUCGACGAGAAGAAAAUAUUGCUGAGCUGGAUGUUUCCCGUAAUAAUCACCAAGGUUUGGAGCCGCGCAACCUCACAUGUGAUGAUGUUCCUCGCGUUUCAACCCCUUUCUCCUCACGGUCUACUGAGACCACACUGUAUGUGGCCUACCACAAGGUGACAACAGAAUUUAUCCACGAAGUGUUUGACUCUCUCGGCACGAUUCUACGAAUCAGGAUCGGCGAACAUCAGAACUACGCUUACGUCACUAUGGCCACGCGUGAGAUGGCCAGAGCAGCUCUUGAGCUUGAUCAUCAGAUGGUGCACAACCGCUUACUCCGUGUCGCAUACGCACGGCGGCAGUUUCCUCGUACGCGGCGCGACUCCAGGGGGUUGGAUCAUUCAUCUCCGAGAUCCCCCUAUGCUCGUCGGCCUUACAACUCUCGGUCAUACAACGCUGUGCCGCCUAGCGAGUCUCUGUCAGGACCAAAAGAAAAUUCUCGCGAUUUGGUGACGUACGAAGAUUUGUACAGUUCCACGAAAUGAACUUAUUAUUCCAGUCCCACAACUUGUUUUAUUAGUACUAAUCCACAAAACAUGGUCUUGUUCUUACGCUUCCCUUUUUGUGCACAGAAUCCGUGCUAUAUGUUUUCAUCUAGGCCACAGACAUUUUUCCUGUGAGCGAGAAAUUUUCGUGCUUCUACUCAGUGUCUGCGUUUUAUGCUUGACUACCGAGUACUUCGUUUUAGUAUAUCUGAUUUCCAUCUGUC